AUGUCGUCACUGGCGGUCAAAGACAAUUGGAGCGGUGGUGGCAGCUGGUUGCAGCUGAGUGAGUAUCGAGAGGAAGACAAUGGUCUGCCCCUGCCGAGGAUGUUGAGAAAUGAAAGCGGAAUGGUCCGGAUCCUGAUGAUCUGCCUACUGGACAGGAGGAGUGUUCUGCUAAACUCCCCUAAAAGAGGAAGGCUGAUGUCAAGUGUUCAAGAACCCAAGCCGAAUGAGUUUAGAGAUCGUGAUAUGCUUCGUGAAGUAGUCUGUGCGUGGUCUAGCUCACUUGUUUAG